GCAUACAAUGGUUCAAUCAUUUUUAGCAGAAAAUUCUGAAUGCUUGAUAAGACAAUGGGAGACAAGAUGCAACAAGAUGGAAUUUUUCCUUCUCUGCCAAUAAAAUAGAAUACAAAUCUUACAGUUGCAGAAAAUAACCCUUUCAUUUUUCUGCAUACUAAGAAAAAUCAGCCUGGUUUCAUGGUUCACUUUGUCACUUUUGAACAAAGUUUAUGCCUUCCCUCCAUUUCCCUCUUCCCCAUCUUGGGCUUCUACAGAAGCUAAAUAGACAGCUUCUUCAUCAAAACAUUCUUUUCUUUCACAUUGAGAGAGAGAGAGUGAGAGAGAUAGAGACCUUUACUCUUCCUUUCUUUAUGUUGGUGCUUUCUGAUCUUUGCUUCCGAAUAGAGUUUCAGGUUUCUUGUGGAUAGCCACUUCCUCAUAGCAGCGUGGCACACGAGUAAAAGGAGGCAUGAAGCUGGUGGUGGAAGUAGUGGAUGCUCAUGAUCUUAUGCCCAAAGACGGAGAAGGGUCAGCUAGUCCAUUUGUAGAAGUCGAUUUUGAAAACCAAUCAAGUCGAACCAAAACUGUCCAAAAGAAUCUCAACCCCGUUUGGAACCAAAAGCUUUUCUUCAAUCUCGACAAAAGCAAAAGUUACCAACACCAAUCCAUUGAAGUCUCUGUUUAUAACGAGAGGAGACCUAUCCCGGGUAGAAAUUUUCUUGGAAGGGUGAGAAUUCCUUGCUCGAAUAUUGUCAAGAAAGGCGAGGAAGCUUAUCAAGCGUUCCAACUAGAAAAGAAGUGGUUUUCCUCAUUUGUGAAAGGUGAGAUAGGCCUCAAAGUUUAUCUAUCACCAGAAUCCAAGCCAAAUUCUAUUCUUUCAUUGCCUCCACAACCACAAACACCACAAUCAGCACCUUCCAAUCCUCCUAAAUCUCCUUCCAAACCCGAAGUUUCUGCUGUUAAUACUCCUAGAGCUAUCGCAUCAAAGCCAGAAAAAGAAAUUUCCACUUUUGCUGCAAUAGAAACUUCUAGUUCCCCUGUCAUAGCAGAUAACUCGAGAGAGAGUACACAAGCUGAAGAGCCAAAGGAAGCAUUCAAAGAGCCUGUCGAAGUAAACGUAGAGACAACUCAACACGUGUACAAACACCAAGUUCAGCAGCAACCCGGUUUAUCCUUGGGGAAACGACCAGAAGGCACCUUCUUAACCAUGCAUCAUCAAGCCAACCCACAAGCCAAUCCAAGCCACCACGAAGACUACGAAUUGAAGGACACCAAUCCCCAGCUUGGUGAGCGGUGGCCAAAUGGAGGAUAUGGUGGAAGGGGGUGGAUGAGUGGAGGAGAGAGGUUUACAAGCACCUACGACCUUGUUGAGCAGAUGUUUUACCUUUAUGUUCGAGUUGUGAAGGCCAAAGAUCUUCCUCCCAGUGCCAUUACCAGCAGCUGUGAUCCUUAUGUGGAAGUGAAGCUUGGGAACUAUAAGGGAAGAACGAAGCACUUUGAGAAGAAGAUGAACCCCGAGUGGAACCAGGUCUUUACCUUCUCAAAAGACCGCAUUCAAUCCUCAGUCCUGGAAGUUCUUGUGAAAGAUAAAGAGAUGGUGGGAAGAGAUGAUUAUCUUGGGAGGGUGGUCUUUGACUUGAAUGAAGUUCCAACCCGGGUCCCACCUGACAGCCCACUGGCUCCCCAGUGGUACAGAUUGGAGGACCGGCGUGGGGAAGGGAAGGUGAGGGGGGAAAUCAUGGUUGCAGUUUGGAUGGGAACACAAGCAGACGAAGCGUUUCCAGACGCGUGGCAUUCAGACGCUGCUUUUGUUCACGGAGAGGGUGUUUCUAGCGUCCGCUCCAAGGUUUAUGUCUCCCCAAAACUUUGGUAUCUCCGAGUAAAUGUCAUCGAAGCUCAGGACAUCAUUCCAAACGACAAAAGCCGAAUGCCUGAGGUUUUUGUGAAAGCCCAAGUGGGGAACCAAGUGCUAAAAACCAAGACAUGUCCUACUCCUACAUUAAAUCCUCUUUGGAAUGAAGAUUUGGUUUUUGUAGCCGCCGAGCCUUUUGAGGAACAAUUGGCCCUUACUGUUGAGGACCGAGUGUACGCUUCAAAAGAUGACGUGUUGGGCAGGAUAACUCUACCUCUCAGCAUUUUUGAGAAGCGGCUUGACCACCGCCCAGUUCAUUCUAAAUGGUUCAACCUAGAGAAGUUUGGAUUCGGUGUCUUGGACGCGGAUAGGAGGAAAGAGCUCAAGUUCUCAAGUAGGAUACACAUAAGAGUUUGUCUUGAAGGAGGAUACCAUGUACUAGAUGAGUCAACUAUGUACAUUAGUGAUCAACGGCCAACAUCACGACAGCUCUGGAAGCAACCUGUUGGAAUAUUGGAAGUUGGGAUACUGGGGGCACAAGGGCUUCUGCCAAUGAAGAUGAAGGAUGGCCGAGGGAGUACAGACGCUUAUGUUGUAGCGAGGUACGGGCAAAAGUGGGUUCGGACCAGAACGAUUCUAGAAACUUUUAGUCCGAAAUGGAACGAGCAGUACACGUGGGAAGUCUACGACCCCUGCACUGUGAUAACAUUGGGAGUACUCGACAACUGCCACUUGGGGAUUGAGAAACCUGGUGCUGGUGUAGCACAAGACUCACGGAUUGGAAAGGUACGGAUUCGCUUGUCAAGCCUAGAGGCUCAUCGGAUUUAUACACAUUCUUACCCACUUCUUGUUCUGCAUCCAAACGGCGUAAAGAAAAUGGGUGAGCUGCAAUUAGCAGUUCGGUUCACUAGCCUAUCCCUAGCUCACACGAUAUACCUAUAUGGGCAUCCCUUGCUACCCAAAAUGCAUUAUUUGCAUCCUUUCACCGUAAACCAAGUAGACAAUUUGAGGUAUCAAGCAAUGAAUAUUGUAGCGGUUAGGCUCAGCAGAUGAACCGCUGAACCGCCACUCCGGAAAGAGGUUGUGGAGUACAUGUUAGAUGUAGAUUCCCACAUGUGGAGCAUGAGAAGAAGCAAAGCUAACUUCUUUCGGAUAAUGUCGCUGAUUUCAGGUGCAAUUUCAGUGAGCAGAUGGUUUGGGGAUGUUUGCCAUUGGAAGAAUCCAAUCACAUCGGUUCUAGUCCAUGUUUUGUUUCUGAUAUUGAUAUGGUACCCGGAGCUCAUACUUCCUACUAUCUUUCUCUACAUGUUCUUAAUCGGACUUUGGAACUACAGGUUUCGACCUAGGCACCCGCCUCAUAUGGAUACUAGACUUUCCUGGGCGGAAGCAGUGCAUCCAGAUGAGCUCGAUGAAGAGUUCGACACGUUUCCUACUUCCAAACCACAAGACAUUGUUCGAAUGAGGUAUGAUAGGCUGAGAAGUGUGGCGGGGAGGAUCCAAACCGUGGUGGGAGACAUAGCAACUCAAGGCGAGAGGUUUCAGUCGCUGCUUAGUUGGAGAGAUCCGAGAGCAACAAGCCUCUUCAUAGUGUUUAGUCUUUGUGCAGCGGUGGUGCUCUAUGUGACCCCAUUUAAAGUGAUCGCUUUAGUCGCAGGAUUGUACAUGCUGCGACAUCCUAGGUUUCGAAGCAAGUUGCCUUCAGUUCCCAGCAAUUUCUUCAAGAGAUUGCCAGCUCGAACAGACAGCUUGCUCUAAACUACUACAGUUGAAAGCUUUAUCAUGGAACGUAUGGUACCUUAUAACCCUUACUAUUGUUUGACGGUGUGUAUUCAAUAAAUACUAAGUUUGAAUUUUUCUGUAAUAAGGCAGCUUCAUUAGGAGAGAAAUGUUUGUCCAAGUAUGACUGUAAGUUCUAGCUAAUAUGGCUGAUAGUUCACAUUGUAAUUGUUUGCAAUUCAAAUAACUUUCUUGAAGAA